ACAAAUGUUGAUACAAUAUAUAUUAAAAAUACACAAAUACGUCUACCAAUAAUUUACAUAACUUCAAACCACACCGCCGGUGAUUUUCCAAACAAUUUCUCCAUUAAAACAGUAAAGACACCGUAAAACUCCGGCGGUUGCGUUUCUCUAAUUUCCUACAAAAGCUUGCUCUUUCGUUAGAUCAGAAUUAGCUCCCAUAAAGGAGAAAAUAUAUAUCAAAUUUCAAAAAUGGAAAGUAAGUCAGUUUCCUCUAUGCACAUAGCAAUGUACCCUUGGUUUGCUUUCGGACACAUUACCCCAUACAUAUACCUCUCGAACAAACUAGCUCAAAAAGGCCACACAAUCUCUCUCAUAAUCCCACCAAAAACCAAAAUCAAAGUAGAGGCGCAGUUGAAUCGAUACCCAGAUCUCAUAACCAUUUAUCCAAUCACCAUUCCGCGCGUGGACGGUCUUCCUUCUGGGGCAGAGACCACUAACGACGUCCCUUUUUCUUCAGUACAUCUCCUCAUGACCGCCAUGGAUAGAACAGAAAACGACAUCGAACUUCUUCUACGAAAACUCAAGCCCCACUUCAUCCUUUUCGAUUUUUCUUAUUGGAUUCCCAAGUUGGGUCGCCGCCUGGGCAUCAAAUCAAUGUAUUAUUCAGUGGUGGGUGCUGCCCAAAUUGGUUACGGUUUAUCCCCUACUACUUACAACAAGCUCAAGGGAAAACAAGUUACUGAGUCUGACUUGAUGAAACCUCCACCGGGGUACCCUGAUUCAUCGAUUUACCUCCACUUUCAUGAGGCACGGGACUCUCUUUUCGUGAGUAAUGUUAAGCCUGAUGGCAACAUUCUCUUUUGCGAUCGAUUGUUUAAAAGCCUAAUGGAAUGUGAUGUUUUGGGGUUCAGGUCCUGUAGGGAGAUAGAAGGCCCGUUUAGCGAUUACCUUGAAAAAGAGUUUAAGAAGACUCUUUUACUUUCAGGUCCACUUAUACCUGACCCACCAAGCGAUCCUUUAGAUAAAAAAUGGGUUGGAUUUUUAAGUCAUUUCAAGCCCAACUCUGUAAUAUACUGUGGUUUUGGAAGUGAGGUAAUAUUAACCAAAGAUGAAUUUCAAGAGUUGUUGCUAGGUUUGGAGCUUUCUGGGUUGCCAUUUUUGGUUGCAAUGAGAGCCCCUUUAGAAAUUGACUCCAUUCAAGAGGCUUUACCGUAUGGUUUUCAAGAGAGAAUUGAAGGGAGAGGGGUGGUUCAUGGGGGUUGGAUUCAGCAACCACAAAUCUUGAAGCACCCAUCUAUUGGGUGCUUCGUUACUCAUUGUGGAUGGGCUUCACUAAUGGAGGCACUGGUUAAUAAGUGUGAGCUUGUGUUGUUGCCCAAAAGAUUUGAUCAUUUUCAUAGUGCGAGGCUAAUGGGAAACACAUUGAAGGUUGGUGUUGAAGUGGAGAAAAGUGAAGAAGAAGGGUUGUUUACUAGAGAGAGUGUCUGCAAAGCGAUUACUACUGUCAUGGAAGAAGACAAUGAAAUUGGUAAAGGGAUUAGGGCCAACCUUGCCAAGUUGCGACAGAAGAUUAAUAGGAAAGGUUUCGAGUCUUCUUAUAUUGAUGAUUUUAAUAACAAGCUAAAGACUAUGUAUUAGUUUUUGAAUAUGUUUAUUUCACAUGCAUGGUAGUGCUCUAUGCGCUUUAGUUUUAUGAAUAAUCAUAUUAAUAUGUAUUAUUAUAUUUUUCUACAGCUGAAAUUGCAGUCCAUGGAUGUUCUUUAAAAAGAAUCUAUAUAUAUAUAUAUUAUUAUAAAGGUUAUAGUUCUCUUAUAUUAAUUAGAAUUUAGUUUUUUUUUUUUUUGGUAAGAAAUUAGAAUUUAGUUAAUAUUCUUUAAAGCGUUUUAUCAUAUAAUUCUUGUAUUUGUAUAUGUUUAGAUUGAGAAAGUUCUUGCAUGCUCUGAUUUUAUGGCACAAGUUUUUUUUUUUUUUUUUUUUUUU